AUGGAGGCAAAGGUCAGAGAGGCGACGAACGAUGAUGCUUGGGGAGCGAGUUCCACCCUUAUGCAGGAAAUAGCACAAGGCACAUUUAACUUCCAGCAUUUCAACGAAAUUAUGCCAUGCAUUUAUUCGCGAUUCAUGGAAAAAGAAGCCACCCAAUGGCGUCAGAUCUACAAAGCCCUACAGCUCCUUGAAUACCUCAUAAAGCACGGUUCGGAGCGUGUCAUUGACGAUGCGCGAUCACACAUUAGCAUGAUCAAAAUGCUACGCAACUUCCAUUAUAUCGAUGACAAGGCUAAGGAUCAGGGUAUUAAUGUUCGUAACCGAGCAAAGGAGAUCGCAGAGUUAUUAUCGGAUGUAGAGAAGAUUCGGUCCGAGAGGCGCAAGGCCAAGACGAACAGGAACAAAUAUACCGGUACUGGCAGCGACGGUCUAUCGUUCUCUUCUGGCGGGGGAAGAUACGGCGGAUUUGGAAGCGAAAGUCUAGGAUAUGGCGGAGGUGGAGGUGGGGGUGAGAGUGGAGGUGGGAGCGGGGAGGAGGCGGAAGCAGCUACGAUCGUGUACGGCUCCAGAGGGGGUGGCUCUUCUGGCUAUGGUGGUGGAGGGAGCAGUCGAGAACGACAAUACGAUGAAUAUGAUGCGGGUGACUGGGAGGAUGCACCAAGGCGCUCGACUACAACCACACCAUCCCGAAGUGCUUCGAUGAAUACUACUACGAGCAGGGCCACCACGGCACCCGCACCUGCUCCACCUGCUCCACCUGCACCAAAAGCUCCGGCACCUGCAGUCAAUCUUCUUGAUUUUGAUGAUGACGAACCUAUUCCCGCUCCAUCUGCUGCCGCUGUUGCGCCUGCUUUGACCCAAUCUUCAACUGCGGCAGCCUCGUUCGACGAUGACUUUGGUGAAUUUUCGAGCGCAUCUGUUGUAUCUGCGCCCGCGCCACAGGUUCCAGCUGCAGCCCCAGUACCUACAGCGCCGAAAUCGGCUGGCUUGUUUGAUAUGCUUGAUUCGACUCCUGCCGCCCCGGCUCCGGCCAAUACAUUUAGCCCCGUUCAAGCAAAACCUAUAUUUGGCGGGCCUGCACCAAGCUUCGGCGCCACACAAUCCCCAACUACAAUGUCAUUUGGAAGCACAUCACAGCCCAUGUCUCCUGCAGGUUUUGGAGGUACUGCUUCCCGUCCAGCCAUGCAACCUACCAUGUCCUCCGGCCCAAACUAUUUCGCAAGCGCUCCCGUUAUGUCCCCUACUGCCAGCACGCCUGGAUCCCAAAUCAAGGCCCCGGGCGUGACGAGCACUGCUGGUGGGAACGCUUCCAAGUCGUCCGCUAAUUUUGACGACUUAUGGAAUAUGUCCCUGGGGUCUUCUUCAACUGCCAAGCCUGUGGCGAACACAAGCGCCAGCACAGGAAAGUCCAUUAAGGACCUGGAACGAGAAAAGGCCCAAGCGAAGAUAUGGGGCGGUGGAGGCCAGGCUUCCAAUACGAGUGGGUUUGGAAACUUUUCGUCUGGAAGUGGGGGCGCUGCGAGUGGCGGGGGAGGCGAUUUGCUUUUCUGA